AUGGCUUCCGUGCGCCACUUGCCACGGGGGCCUCGCCGAGGGGUGGAAGGCUGAGGAAGGAGGAUGCCGGAGAAACAUGGGAGGAGUAGCCGUGAAAGGAGAAUUUCCGGUUGCCGCCGGCGGAGCCCUAGGGAAGCGCGGUUCCUGGUAUUUGAAUAAAGAAGGAUGCGGGCGGGGGUUGUAUUCUAGACGAAGCAAGACUUUAUAAAAUACGCUCGACUUUUGGGUUGGGGGGGGGGGGGGGUUGUCGUAUGCGACGUAAAUGAGGGGUUUUGGGUAAUUGAUCAUCGUUGGUUGGAGCUGGCGGUGGCGGGGGAGAAUAGAUGGAGGUAGGGGGGGGGUUGGUUUUCCGACGUUGCUUCCUUCCCUCUGCGGGCACGUCCUCGGUCGGAGGAGCUGCAGCGCUGCCGCUUGUCUCGACGGUGAUCCCUCGGGGAGCUGCUGAGAAUUGCCCCGCCUCGGGUGCCAACGAUGGGGGACAUAAAGGUAACGCUGGGCGAUUCUGUUCUGCAAUCUUCUGUCUAUUGUACCGGAGGGGGAUUUGUGUGUUUGAUCUGCGUAGAUUGGAGGUCUUCGUUUCUGAGAUCACUGCGAGGAGUGUCCCUGAGUUUGGCUGACGUUUUCUCCGUUCUCUUGGUUCCAUCCUUUGUUCCGUUGACUAAAGAUUUGACGAAGGAUUGUCACUCUUGCGACGAUUUCUUUUUUAUUAUCCGGCCUAUUUGAUCAACUGACGGUUAUUCGUGUAUUCUUCUUUGAUUACAAAGGGGAGGAUUAUGAUCUCCCACGCGUCUGUGGUUGAAUUUCUCUCUCUCUCUCUCCUUUCCUCUUCCCUCUUCAAUGAUCUUCCCUGGUACACGUUGCCUUUGAGUAUCGAGGAAGACGAAUUUUGACUUUUCACUUCCCUCUUCUUCCUUGGUCCAGGGAUUUCCUUCCAAUUUCUUUGGCUCUCAACCUUUUUUUCUUCAGUUACCCUGAAUUACUUAAUUUUAAUGUUAAUUUAGAGCGUAAUCUUUCGUGGCGAAAUCAUUUGGCAUUCCUACUACGCGAAACUCUUGCUGAUGCUUUGGUAAUUUACGUGAGGUCGUUUUUCAUUGUCGACCUUAUCCUUUCUUGGCACUCAAUCUUGUGAAAGUUGCGUGACUUAGUCGCUUUGCCUCGCCACCACUGUUCACGGCUUCCUUGAUUUGCGAUCUCUGAUGCUCGACAAGGCUUGUUUUCUCCGUGCCUCAGCGAAAAUUCAUGUUCUUUGUCUAGAUCGACAAUCCUUUUGCUUCCUUUAGAGAAUGUACAUUCGUUUUGCGAUAAAUUUCCGUGUAUGAUCUGUCUGUCUGUCUCUCUUCCAUUGAUUUCAUCCCCUCUCCAGGUUUGGAAUGUUCGUAGAGUUAUUGCAUGUUAUUCUCUUGCAUUUCAUUAUUUUCUCGAGCAUUGCAACGGAUUGUUGCAUGAUAACUCAGAAUAUAAUGUUUUCUGCAGAUACCAUUAGAGGAAGGGGGGAAUGACUCAGUCACUGGCCACAUUAUUUCAACGACGAUUCAGUCAAAGAAUGGUGAACCCAAACAGGCGAGGCCGCCAAUAUUCACCCUAGAGAAAUGAUUGGAUUCAUUUUUAUAAUUUGAAUGGAUCCUUGGGAGUGUUCUUGUACUUUUUUACGUUUUCUUGAAGGUAAUUAAGGAGCACAUUUUCUUUACUUGCAGACAAUAAGUUACAUGGCAGAGCGGGUUGUAGGAACUGGAUCGUUUGGAGUUGUUUUUCAGGUAACGACACCGAUAAUGAGAUAUUUUCCUGCAAUUUUUCUAUCAGUCUUACCUUUGAUGUCUUCCAUGAUUAUUACAUUUAGGCGAAAUGCUUGGAGACUGGGGAAACUGUCGCCAUUAAAAAGGUUCUGCAAGAAAAACGGUACAAGAACCGUGAGCUUCAACUGAUGCGCUUGAUGAAUCAUCCAAAUGUGAUCUCUCUCAAGCACUGUUUCCUCUCCACCACGAGCAAAGACGAACUUUUCCUCAAUUUAGUCAUGGAAUAUAUUCCUGAAACUCUGUAUCGAGUUCUGAAUCAGUACAGCAAGAACGCCCAGAGGAUGCCACUUAUCUAUGUGAAGCUUUAUAGCUAUCAGGUGAAUAACCCUGCUAUCUGAUGAUGCAUUUUAUUACAUGGUCUCAGACUGACAGCUCUUUUUGUAUGUAUGCCCAGAUUUUUAGUGGGUUGGCUUAUAUUCACACUUCGCAAGGGGUGUGUCAUCGUGAUAUCAAGCCGCAGAAUCUUCUGGUAUUUUUUUUCUUCCACGGAAAUUUUAUAUUCUGUUGAUCUCUGCUUAAUCAUCAUUUAUUUUAGCACUAAAAUUUAAUGAAGUAAAAAGAAAACUUACCUGUAUCUGUGGUACACAGGUCGACACUCUUACCCACCAGGUGAAGGUUUGCGACUUUGGCAGUGCCAAACUUCUGGUACGCGCUUCUUUAUUUCCUGUCAUUCUUUCUGAUUUGCCGUUAGGCUUCUGGAAAAGUUCAUUCUUUAAAAUCUUAAAUAGAGUGUGAGGUAGAAUACUUAAAAGCUUUUAGGGGUGGGAAUGCAUUUAUAUUCCUCUUUAUCUGUUAGAUCUCAUGGAAAAUUAUCAAGGUAUCUCAUAUUUUCCCAAUCUUCUCUAGAAUCUUCGUUGUGGUCUUAUGUUCUGCACGUCUGCACUCCAGUGUGCUCAACAUUGCUGAAUUUUGGGCUUUCUAGGUUAAAGGAGAAGCGAACAUAUCCUACAUUUGCUCCCGUUAUUACCGUGCGCCUGAGCUUCUUUUUGGUGCGACAGAGUAUACAACUUCGAUUGACAUAUGGUCUGCUGGCUGUGUUCUUGCAGAAUUACUUCUUGGUCAUGUAACAUUUCAGCUUGUUUUCCUGAGCGUCUUUAUGCAAAAUCUGGAAUGUGAUUCUAACGUCUCAAAACUCUUCUUCUGACUUGUGUUUUGGUGUUGCUGUAGCCCCUGUUUUCUGGUGAAAGCCCUGCUGACCAGCUUGUUCAAAUAAUCAACGUACGCUGUUCAUAUGUUUCCACCUCUGUGAAUCUUGCUAAUGGUGUUGUCUUGCUAACAAUGAGGUCUGUUCUGACAGGUCCUUGGUACUCCAACCCGAGAGGAGAUUCGAUGCAUGAAUCCGAAUCACACGGAGUUUAAGUUCCCACAGAUAAAACCUCACCCAUGGCAUAAGGUAAUGGUUAGCGGGGGUGCUGGAAGGCACUUAUUGGACCAUAUAGCACCUCUAUCCUCUGCCUUACUCGCCAGCAACAUUGUUUUCCGAGAAAAAAAAGAUGAAUUCUUGUCCUUGAAUUCCUCACUCAUGUUCUUCAGAGCAUAUGACCUCGUACUCUUAACUAUGAGGUCUUGCUAUGGUUUUUUCGCCUGAAAUUUAUCAUAGCAUUAUAUUAAAAUGAAAUAGUUUUUUCUAUUUUCGAAGAGCGCUGCAUAGAUAUGCUUUUUAGUGAACUAAUUUUUUAUACAGUUUUCCCCUGUUGAAAACAUAUUUAGGACAACCCGAAUGGAAAACGUUUCUGACUUCAUGCUGCACAAACAGUAGUGCCGCUGGACUCCUUUGCACCAUCUUUAUACAUCAAUUUAAUGCAUAUGUGGUCUUAUUCUCCAGAUUUUCCGUGAACGAAUGCCUCCAGAAGCGAUCGAUCUUACCUCCAGGGUUCUUCAGUACUCACCAAGCUUCCGCUGUACCGCAGUGAGUUCCCGCACGAUUAAGACAAUCCUCCCCUUUUCACGUGCAAGCGACUUGUCUGAGGAGCUGCAGGGUGGCAGCAUUUAAGAUCUGCUCCAUUUUCUGUGGAUAAAUUUUCGCUUGCCACAGCUUCAAUUGCAUUUCGCAGAACUGCCUACGUUGGCGCCACGGGGCUGUUGCUAAUCCGUGUCUCCUCAUCGCAGCUAGAGGCAUGUGCCCAUCCCUUCUUCGACGAGCUACGAGAACCCAAUGCUUGCCUGCCGAAUGGUCGCCGCCUGCCGCCGCUCUACAACUUAAAAGAGGAAGUGAGCCUCCCUUCCCCCCUCCUCCCCCCCCCCCAUUCUUUAUCAUUUAAUUAUCUUUCUUACGAUCUUCUGUUGCCGUAUGGCAUUUGAAUAUAAAAAUCUUCUCGCAUGUCUGGCGGACUGCGUUCCCAUUGGAUUUGCUCACCGCCCGUCGCUCGAACGUUUUUUCAGAUGGCGGGGGCGGGGGUUUCCCCAGAACUAAUCAAGAAUCCGAUCCCCGACCAUGUGAGGCGCCAAUCAGGUCUCAACAUCCUCCACCCUGCUGGAACGUAA